CAAAAACUUUGUUAGCUGACUGCUAACUCUGCUCCAUCGUCUGUCAAGCAAUGUUACGAGCCUGAAGCAGCACUUGUGAAAUCCUCGAAAAGAUGGACUGCAAAACAGAGGGUGACGGAGAAUUCUGCAGAUGGGCGAGUUCAGUGCUGGUGAACAGCAAAAAUGACCUUACAUCACGACUGCAACAGUUUGUGGAGGAUAGGAUGCAGACCACCAUGCUCACAGGUGUACUGAUUGGAGCUGCAGUCGCCAUCACACUGAUUGGGAUCGUGGUGCUCUUCCUUUACAGGAGAUAUAAGCUGGCUCGUGAAAAAGAGCCUGGCACACCACAUUAUCGCUUCAGAAAACGUGAUAAAGUGCUCUUCUAUGGGAGGAAGAUCAUGCGGAAGGUCCGGACGCUGUCCUCGAUUCCUCCUCCCACCACUACCUCAGUAUCAAAGCAAGUGCCACGCAUACGCAAAAGAACCAAAGUUCUAAGCAUAGCUCGCAAAAUCCUGAGGAUCCGCAAAGAUCCUCCCACCCUGCAGCCCAAGGAGCCCCCUCCCUCACUGCUGGAGGCUGACCUAACAGAGUUUGAUGUGCAGAGCUCAAACCUGCCCUCCGAAGUCCUCUACAUGCUGAAGAAUGUCAGGGUGUUGGGUCAUUUUGAGAAGCCCCUGUUCCUGGAGCUGUGUCGACACAUGGUGUUUAUCGAGCUCCAGGAGGGUGAAGGUCUGUUCAGGCCAGGAGACGAUGACGACAGCAUCUUCGUGGUCCAGGAUGGACGGCUUGAGCUUAGCAUCCAGGAAAACGAUGGGACAGAACCAGUGGUGAAGGAUGUGCUCCCAGGAGACAGCGUCCACAGUCUGCUCAGUAUCCUGGACAUCAUCACUGGUUAUCCAGCUCCAUAUAAGACUGUAUGUGCACGGGCUGCGACUCGCUCUACCAUCCUACGUUUACCUGCAUCAGCCUUUGAGUCUGUGUUUAAGAAAUACCCAGAGACACUUGUUCGCGUCAUUCAGAUAAUCAUGGUGCGGCUCCAAAGAGUCACCUUCUUGGCGCUUCAUAACUAUCUGGGCCUAACAACUGAGCUCUUCAAUCCGGAGAGUCAGGCAGUGCCCUUGUCCAAUAUAAACAAUGUGAUGGGAGAGGCGGCUUCUGGGAAGACGACUCGUCGUUUGCACUUCCAGGACGAGUUACCCGCUGGGACCACGGAGAGCCCCACAGAGACAGAUGGUGUAAAGGACAGCCCUUCAAAUAGCUACAGGAAGCCGCGAUCCACCUCGGCGCCCACCGACUGCGCAGGUAUCGACCUGAACAUGGCUUGUGAACGAGCCCGAGUCACUAUAGAUGAAGCUCCACCCAGUCCUGUCAUUCCCAAAUCUAGUCUAAAGAAGAGUGUUACAAUGCAGCACACGCCCUCUGAAGUGUUUCACUACACAGACAGUGGGGGGCACUCUGAUGCCAUCUACCUCAGUAAGAGCUGCACAAUCCUCCAGGCUGCAAAGAGGGACCUGCUGGGAAUCAUCCAGCUGCAGGACCCCAGUCUGCUUGAGGGCAGAGUGACCCUCCAUCAAGUCAAAGCUGGCUCCGUGGUGGCUCGUCAGGGAGACCAGGAGGUGAGCAUCCAGUUUGUGAUUUCUGGCCUCCUCCACGUUUACCAGCGGAUGAUUGAUCGCGAAGAAGACACCCGUCUGUUUGUGACGCACCCUGGAGAGCUUGUAGGUCAACUCGCCGUCCUGACUGGAGAGCCGCUCAUAUUCACUGUUCGAGCUCAGCGAGACUGCAGCUUCCUCUCCAUUUCCAAAACCCACUUCUAUGAGAUCAUGCGUGUGGAGCCGCAGGUAGUGCUGAACGUUGCUCACACAGUGGUGAGGAGGAUGUCAUCUUUUGUCAGGCAGAUAGACUUUGCUCUCGACUGGAUGGCUGUGGAGGCUGGCAGGGCAGUCUACAGGCAGGGAGAGAAAUCGGACAGUACUUUCAUCGUGCUGAGUGGUCGACUGCGCUCUGUAAUCAUGAAGGAAGAUGGCAAGAAGGAGCUAAUAGGAGAGUACGGACGUGGCGACCUGAUUGGAGUGGUGGAGGCCUUGACCCAUCAAAACAGAGCCACCACAGUGCACGCUGUACGAGACUCUGAGCUGGCCAAAUUACCAGAGGGAGCUCUCAGCUCCAUCAAAAGGAAGUUCCCACAGGUUGUCACCAGGUUGAUCCACUUACUAGGACAGAAGAUCCUCCAGCAGGUCAAUGGUCCUCUGACAGCUCGCAGUUUGGCCCUCCACACUCCUGGCAGUAAGUGGGAUGCAGGGAACCAGGCCUCCAACCUCUCCACUGUGACAGUCUUGCCUGUGUCAGAAGAAGUGCCUCUCACUGCCUUCACCAUGGAGCUGCAGCAUGCACUCCUGGCAAUAGGUCCCACUCUUCUGCUGACUAGCGAUAUUAUCAAACAGCGACUUGGAGUUGCAGCACUAGACAGUGUCCACGAGUACCGUCUGUCCAGCUGGCUGGGCCAGCAAGAAGACAUCCAUCGCAUAGUUCUUUACCAGACGGACUCCACACUGACCCCGUGGACACAGCGGUGCAUCCGUCAGGCCGACUGCAUCAUUAUUGUGGGGCUAGGAGAGCAGGACCCAGCCGUUGGGGAGCUGGAGCGUAUGUUGGAAGGAAGUGCAGUGCGUGCCCAGAAGCAGCUGGUGCUGCUACACAGAGAAGACGGCCCCCCACCCAAAGGAACUGUGGACUGGCUCAACAUGCGAAGCUGGAUCUCCAGACACCUCCAUCUCUCUUGUCCCCGAAGGGUCUUCUCUAAGAGGAGCCUGCCCAAACUGAUGGAGCUGUAUCAACGUGUGUUUGAGAAGCCAGCAGACCGCCACUCAGACUUCUCCCGCCUGGCUCGAGUUCUAACGGGCAAUGCUAUCGCUCUUAUCCUGGGUGGAGGAGGGGCUAGAGGCUGCUCCCAGGUGGGGGUAAUGCGAGCUCUCUGCGAGUGCGGCAUCCCCGUGGACCUCAUUGGUGGCACCUCUAUCGGUUCCCUGAUGGGGGCACUGUAUGCUGAGGACCGAAGCCACAGCCGCAUGAGGAUGAGGGCCAAAGAAUGGGCAAUGGAAAUGACAUCAGUGUUUAAGAAGGUUCUGGAUUUAACGUACCCAGUCACCUCCAUGUUCACCGGUGCUGCCUUCAACUCUAGCAUCAGCAAUGUCUUCAAGAGCAAACAGAUUGAGGACCUUUGGAUCCCAUAUUUUAACAUCACAACUGACAUCACUGCCUCUGCCAUGAGAGUACACACUGAUGGUUCUCUGUGGCGGUAUGUUCGUGCCAGCAUGUCUCUGUCUGGGUAUCUGCCUCCUCUCUGCGACCCCAAAGAUGGACACCUGCUUAUGGAUGGAGGUUAUAUCAACAACCUACCAGCUGAUGUUGCACGCUCCAUGGGGGCCAAAGUGGUGAUAGCUAUUGACGUGGGCAGCCGGGAUGAAACCAACCUUACUAAUUAUGGCGACUCACUCUCAGGCUGGUGGCUGCUAUGGAAACGCCUCAACCCCCUAGCAGAGAAAGUAAAGGUGUUAAACAUGGCAGAGAUUCAGACUCGACUGGCCUACGUGUGCUGUGUCAGGCAGCUGGAGUCUGUGAAGAGCAGCGACUACUGCGAGUACAUCAGACCUCCGAUCGACAGAUACAGAACACUGGAGUUUGGCAAGUUUGAUGAGAUUGCUGAGGUGGGAUACCAGCAUGGAAAGACUGUGUUUGACGUGUGGGGCCGCAGUGGAGUGGUGGAGAAAAUGUUGAAAGACCGACACCAGGAGGAGUUCCACCACACCCAAAGCAAGAGUCAUGUGGUAACUUGUCCCAAUGCUUCCUUUACCGACCUGGCAGAAAUUGUGUCACGCAUCGAGCCCGUCAAACCUGCUCUUGUGGAUGAGGAGUCAGAGUACAACACUGACUAUGAAGAGGAGGCAGUGGAGAGCGCUCUGUCUGACAUGGAGCUAUACAAUCGCUAUGGAGAGCACACUGAAGGGGAGGAGACUGCUGACACGGAUGAAGAGCUGGAAGGGAGACACGCACGCCACAUUACCUCACUCACCAGCAGCAACCCCCAGUCUCCCACCGCCUCUGACAGUCCGUCAAACCACGAAGUCCAUUAAGUGAGGACCAGUCUAAUGAACUCUGCUCGAUCAGGUCGUCACAAUUUAACCUGCCACAUUUUACCCUCCAGUCUGUCCCGCAUGACUCAAAACCUGUCCCCUGUCCCCUGUCCCCUGCCCCCGCGACCGUCGGCAUGACUGCGAUUACUAUUUUGCCCUCGGUAACCUGGCCUUGUUAGCUGUGUGGCUGACAUAACGAAUGUGCAGCCACUUUUAAAAAAAAAUGAAUACGGACAGGUAGUAAUGUACUCAGCUGCAAUCCUAUGCAUUCCUAUUAUAUAAGAGCAGCUGCAAGCUCUAUCAUUUCUCAUAUUGAGAUAGUGGAGAGUGCAUCUGUAGCUUUACAUGAGUCACAUAGACCAAGAUAGAAGGUAGGAGAGGUCGGGAGAUACUAUUUCCAUGAAAUAAUAAUUACAUGAGUCAAGGUGACAACUUCGGCUCUUGGUUGAUUACAUAAAGAUAGAUUUGAGAUAAAGAUUCACUUCACCUCACUUCUGUUAUCUAGACAUGCAGAUAGUUUUGACGUAUGCAUCUCUGAGAUUUCUGCCACACACAACGUUAAAAGAUUAGACAAAAAAAAAAAACUGGCACGUCCAAAGAAAAAUGAGCAAAAGGAUAAGACAGAAAAAAAGUUGCAGAUUUCCUUUUAAUUUAGAUAUUUACAUCGUCUCAGGCCACUGAAAAUCCUUCAAAUUAAAGCACCAAGAUGGCAUAAUCACUCUUUGGUUGCCCUGCUAAUAAUUCCUCUCCACAGUGACGUGUUGAGCAGUCACAAGUAGGCAUUACUGUAUUAUAAAAGUGCAGUCCGCGAUUCUAAUCUAAAUGACUUUGUGUCAUAUUCAGCAAAGAUCUCACGCUCCACUAGCUGUCUGCUCUGUGUGGGCACUGAGGAAAGAUAGAUAGAUAGAUAGAUAGAUAGAUAGAUAGAUAGAUAGAUAGAUAGAUAGAUAGAUAGAUAGAUAGAUAGAUAGAUAGAUUGAUUCAAAAUACUGAAUUCAAUUCACCUCACUUGUAUUUGGAGUGGCAGAAAUCUCAGGGCAAAUAACACCAAAACUAACAACAUAGCUAGAUACCCUGAGAGGAAAGUAAGACUAACAGUCAGUGGCUACUUCAUCAGGUACACCUGUACAAUCUAAUGCAGUCCAUUACAACAGCUCUGUCCUAACAUUGAUCUAUAUAAAGCGAAUAGCGCUCAGUUAUUGGGGACAGUGUUGGAAAUGUGUAAAUUCAAUUAGAUGUUCAUAAUUGAGGUCAAAUGAGGUGUUUCUAUUAUUUUGUCCUCCCUAUUUGCAUACAUUUGGAGGGCAGAAUAUUAGAAACACCUCUGCAUAUAAUGCAGUCCAGUACAACACCAUCAUAUGACCUCAGUGCCCAAAAGAAAACUGAUUACAUGCAUUAUAAAAGUAGACUUUUUUGCAUAACAGUUGUAUUGGAUUACAAUAGAAUGUAUGAUUGUACCUAAUAAAAUGGCAUGUGAGUAUUGCAUUGAUGUAUUAAGUUAGACUUGACAAAAAUCAGAGCCGCUCCUUAUUGUUUUGUGCAUUCAGUCUACGUAACGAUCCACAUCAGCAAGCCUGAUGUAAAAACAGAAAGCGAGCAAAACAAGCAGCGCGCUCUGCGGCCAUGGCUGUCAGCACAGCUUUGUCGCACCCAGUGUGCCAGGGACAUGGAGGGAAGUAAUGAUUGCAAUCCACUUCAAAGCACUGGUUUCCCCUCUCAGCUGGCAAGAGAAGCCUCCCCCCCACCCAUCUGUUUUCUGGCUCGAAUCUAUCAGACACAGACUGAGCGGCAGACAGUGUGGAUCUGUCGAGUGAACUGUGACGCUCCGCUCGCCUCAGUACAGUUUAUGCACAGGGGCUAUUUGCAGCAGCGGGGCAGAUCUUCACAGGAACACGUUGUAACACAAGUUAUUUGGCUUGUCAAGACAUGCUUUAACUUUUUUUUAAGUGACUUGGAUCAGAUUUUUCUUUUCAAACUGCCAUUACGAUGAUCAGAUUUUUGUUGCAUACAUAAUAUUAUCUGAGUAAAAUGAAAAGAGUCUCUGUAGGUCUUGCUUUGAUUUUCUUAACAUCCGUUUGGCUGAUUGAUUAUGCACUUAUGAAGAGUAUUGCUGAGGACCCAAGGGAGUGUGAGCCCUUAAAGUAGAUCUGUGGAACAUUUUAUCAGUAUUGUAUUAUGUUCAUACUGUGUAGCAUAUUGAAAAGGGACCCCCGGUGUUGUAGUCUAGACCAUUUAAUCCAAGACCAAGUCAUAAGCAGUCAUGAGUCAAGACCACAGUGUACAUUUAAAAUAAGAAAUGAGUUAAGUUAUUGGAUGCAUUUGAAGUAGGAAGUUUUGCAUCAUAUCACUGUGAUGAUGUUAGCCAACAAAUCAAACAACGCACAGACAAUGUAGUGAUAUCCCCCGCAGCUGUGGACUCGACCGGUCUUGAAACAAAAUCCUGCAUACUCUUUAGUCCCGUUUCCAUUAAACAUGUUCAGUAUGGUACCUUUGGAACCAAAAGUAACCCUUCAGACAUGGUACCUAGACCCUAGUGUUUCCACCUCAAACAGUGCUCUUAAAUGUGGGUGGGGUUGUUGUCACUCACUGCUCCGUCCAGCACUCACUGUAUUUCCUCAUUCCUCAUUACCAGUGACACCAGUCUGCAUCUCGUGUAUCGUCCACAGAACGGGGUUGCACACAGGCCCAGAUCAAAAUAAAACAGGCUGCAGUGAGAGUCUCUCUCCAUGGGAUAUUUAAAUUUUUCCCACUUGUUAUGUGUAUGUCAUGGGAGAGGCAGAAAAACAUUGACUGUAUAGUUACAAUUUACUAAUAAAACUCUCUACAGUAUGAACAGUGGUUACAUGAAACCAGCCACAACUCAGCCUUGAGCAGAGUGACCGUCCUCUAUUGACCAAUCAGACUGCAGUGUUCACAGCUCCACCUUUUAGUACCAGAUCUGUGUGCUAAGUACCCCAACAGAGGGGGGACGAAAAAUGGAGACAGUAUGGAACGGUUCCAUUGGUACCAUCCACAACUUUUCACAGUGGAAAUGGGAAAAAAAGCGUGUUGAGCUGAACUGAACCAUACUGUACUGCUUGGUGGAAACAGGGCUUUUGAGACAGGAGUGAGUAAAAAAGCAGUCAGUUGUGGUCUCAAAACCAAGACCGAUCUUGAGUACUACAACACUGGGAACCCCUACUUCUCUCAUUGCUUGCUACAGUACAUUCAAGAAGAGAUGAAAAACAGAGAUUGGAGACACCUGAGAUGUUAAACUGUAGCAGACUCCUUUUAACAUUUCAAGCAUCAGCAGUGUGACUUUCAAAAUGAACGCUUUUGUUCCUUGAAAUAGCCUGGUCCCAAAUACCCAGCUGUUAGCAUAUGAUGCAUAUACUGUAGCAAUGCUUUAGGACGAAACUAUGUCAUAACAGAUGUAUUGCUUAGGAAGGAAGCACAGUGUCACGUGUGAGGUUGAUUGGAUGAGCGGUUCUCGAGAAAGCUGCAAGCAGCAACGAGAGACCAAGGAAUGGGACUGUUCUAAACAGAUACUUUAAACGGGCACUGCAGUCACUGUGAAAAAAGUGAGUAACUGAAUAUAUUCAUAUUUAAGCCAAGAAUGUAUACAACCUUAGCCCUUGAUGUUUUUAUGCACAACAUUCUGACAAUCACUCCAGAGAUGCAAUGCAAUGUACAAACACACUAACACAUUGUUACAUAGCCUUGUUUAACAUGCCUCUCUGUAUGGCACUUUACCAUGUUUAGAGUUGACCUCAGUCACAGCUAGAGCUGCAACUUAUAGUUAUUUUCAGUAUUGAUAAUCUUGAUCUUUAUGUUUAUGUUGUAUGUAUGAUUUUUGUGUUUAAUUAACACAUUAAUAUUUUGAUUCAUGUAACGUUACAAAAUAGAAAAUGGAUUGUCAAAUUUCUUAGACUGAGGUGACAUCUUUAAAUUGUUUUUGUCUGACCAGCCGUCCAAAACCCAAAGAUUUGUAGUUUACUUCGAAGUGAUUCCAGGAAAAACAACAAAGCCUUAUGUCUUAGAAACUGGAACCAUUAAAAGAUUUGCGUUUUUGCUUUACGAAUGGAUUGAAAAUUAAUUAUCGAGAUUAAUAGUUAAUGGUUUUUACUAAUUGUCUCAGCCCUUAUCGCCUUAUUACCAGAGCCCUAACAACAGAGCAUGACAAACAUUUUUUUAAGUGGAUCCCUUCAAUAUGUUUUUGUGAGGAGUGUGAUAGUCGAAAAAAAAAACCUUGCCUGUGUUCUGUGACCGAAAAAACUUGUAAUAGUGCAAUUGUGCUGCUAUUUCCUGUUAAUUAUCCGCUGACACAUCAUCUACAAAUGUAUCUGCAAUAAGCUAAUAUCAACCGGCCAGUUAAUCAGUCAGGCUUUAAUCAUUUGAAUAUCAAUGCAACAUUUUUAUUGUUUUAUUUUCACCCCACUCGAUAAAGCACCCUGUCAGCCUCACCGUAUGAAGCUGCGAUCUCUGCUUAUACCGGUGACACAGUCCCUGUGGCCUUACAUGUGUAGACAGUAGGAGAAACACUGUGACAAACACUAAGGGUUUCCCACUUGGUGUUGGUUAAGAGUCUGGACACAGAAUGUGUGAACAAGGCAGAGACAGAAAAAUGUUGUUUACCAGUGAGGUAAUGUUGUUUGCACUGGUGUUUUUUUGUACUUUUGGGUGGUUUCCAAAAACUGAGCACAAUGAAUUGAUGCUGUCUGGCAGAAUGAAUGUUUGGCUACUUUAUAAAAUGGGACAUGGUAAUGGAUGAGGUGCUUACGUAAUGUGUGGGACUGUGCCAUGAGUUAAUGUUACAAAGCCUUAGAUGACCUGUACAGAAAAAAAACAACCACUCGUGCCCUCAUUUAGUAUAAGUGUACAAUGAUGAAUGUUUACCAGUAAGCCUGUAAUGUAUGACAUCAGUUACUUAUCUAUAUUUAUGAUAUUUGAUAAAUAUGUUUUUGAUAAUCAAUUGUUACUAAUAAACCACUGUUUGAUGUA